GACACACACAUAUACAUACAAGAAAGGAAACAAGAGAUAGAUAGAGAGAGAGAGGGAAAUAAAAGUCGUACGCGACAAGCUCGCGUAAAACGAAACAAAGAUAGGCGGUUCGGUGUUACUCGAGCUUGAGAUGGACUCUGUAGCAGUGACAGUGCCACUUCGUCAGCCGACGAAGAAGAUGAAGAAACGAAAGGAGCUCGAUGCCCUGGCACCUCCGCACACCGUUUCCCGCCGCAGUUCCGGGAAACGUAGCUCUCAAGAGUUACUGUCAGAUAGCAGCGACGAACGCUCGGAAUACUGGAAUAUAUCGACUAGAAAUGGCCGCAAAUGCAGAGGCAGACGAAGUCGAGCUUGCCCCGGAUUUUUUAAAGCUUGUAGUGCCUUUCUGGCUUGUGCCUCUGUAUUAGCAACCGCUAGUUUAAUUUGGCUGUUCAUCGACGUUCGUCAGCAACUUACCGCUCUACGGACCGAGCUGGACCAAGUUAUUGCCGGUAGCGAAGGUGUUCCUGAUGCUCUGCAGAAAUGUCACUCUCUGUCGAGAGACCUCCAGAACAACCAGACCAUUAUUUUCACUCAUUUAUCAGAUUUCAAGCUUCAAAUCAAUAAUUUCACAACGCAGUUAGCAGUUAUCCAACGUGAUUUGCAUCGAGUAGAAGAAUGGUUCAAAGAGGAUCCAGCAUUAUUUAAUGUGCCAACAGAUUUGAAGGCCCUCUCCAGUAGUGUGGUGUCAUUCGGAAGCCAAAUACAAGACUUGAGUGCCACAGUAAAAGCGUUGAAAGAAUCCAAUGCUAGGGUACAAGAUGUUCAAACCACUAUGCAGCAGAAUAUUUCCAGUAUCAAGAAUGCAGUAACAGAAUUGUCAAAUGUUACGCAAAAGCCUCAGAUGCUGAUCACAAAUGAGACAAAAAUAAAGACUGACCAAUUGAAUGCAGCAAUUGUACAUUUAUCCGAUAAUUUGAUAAACAUGAAUGAAACUCUGUCGAGAGCUGUACAAUGGGUGGCAGAGGACCAGAAGAAAGAUCAUGAAACAUUGGUGUUGCUUCAGGAGACCACUCAGAAUGUUAGCAUGAAGGUAAUAUCUCUGCAAAGAGAGUGUGUAAAGACCACUAUACUCAAGUCUGUCAUGGAAUUGAAUAACCAAUUGAGUGAAGUUCACGCAUCCAAUACAGAACUUAGCGAAAAAGUAAAACAGUUGGAGCAGUCUUACGGUAGUUUGAAAAAUUCCACGAGCUUAAUGUUAGCGAUGAUACCGAAUCAGGUCCAGAAGUUGACCAAGACAAAAGUUUUGGAGAAGCCAGUUAGCGAAGACGCGACCACAGAACAAGACCGCAGUGUAUUAGACGAGACGGCGAAAAAAGCAGGGACAGAUAAAUUGAAACGCUUGAGUUCCGAUCCGUAAAGUAUUUCUAGAGGAAUUUAUUUGUAACACGGUGAUGAUUUUACCGAGCUUUCAUCUUGUACGAUAACAAAAACAAAUCACCUAUUUCUCAAGAAGAGAGCACAAAGAGAUAUUGUGCGUGUGUAUGUUGUAAAUAUAUUAAAAAUAAUAAAAUUAAGUGAAUAAUUAUUGAGAAAUUCCAUGUAUAUACAGAGGUAAAUAUUUAUGACCUGAAUCAUGUGAUCUCUUACUCUCUCUGACUCUAAUUGUGCACAGAAUAAUCCACAUUCAAAUGGAUUAUUCUAUUGUAUAAAAGGAGAAGAAAAAAGGGAAUGAUAAUGUUUGAAAAUUGAAUCUAAUUUAGGGAGAGCUAUUUACAAACGAGCAAUAAGAUGUACGUUGAUCCGUAGUAUUGUCGAGCUCGAAUACCGUGUGUAUUUGAGAGUGUUUCAAUUAUGACGAAUGCCAAUUUCUAGAGGACGCUAUGGCCUGUAAUGUGACUACCUGAAUUUAUUCAGAUACACUGAUACACCAUCGAAAAAGUACAAAGAACGUUUACACUUGUUUUUCCGUUAUAAAACACAAACGAGGAAACAAAAAAAAAAAAAAAAA